UCAAAGGGCAACUGCCUGACAUUCAAGUGGAGAAUUUAAUAUACAUUGAGCCCCUCAUUCUGCAGGCCCAGAUGUCUUGUGAGCACGAAGCCCAUGGACACGGCAGAGGAUCUUGGCAGUUCCUCUUCAAUGGACAGACGUUCCUCCUCUUUGACUCAAACAACAGAAAGUGGACAGCGCUUCAUCCUGCAGCCAAGAAGAUGAAAGAGAAGUGGGAGAAGAACAGGGAUGUGACCAUGUUCUUCCAGAAGAUUUCAAUGGGGGAUUGUAAGACAUGGCUUGAAGAAUUUUUGAUGUACUGGGAACAAAUGCUGGAUCCAACAAAACCACCCUCUCUGGCCCAAGGCACAACCCACCCCAAAGCCUUGGCCACCACCCUCAUUCCCUGGAGCCUCCUUAUCAUCCUCCUGUGAUUCAUUCUAGCUGGCUGCUGUGGAGAGUUGUUUAGAGUGACAGGUACUAGGGGCAAUAUUGGGAGGGGAGCGAGGGGCAGAUGGGUGAGAUGGGAGGACGUGGAAGGAGAAUUCCCAGAGUCCCA